UAAUUGUGUCAUUCAACUGGGACACUUCCUGUUCCUGGAAACCGCAUCUCUCGCCUCUGUGGUUCCCACCCAAACAAACAAACAAAGCUCAGCUGGACAUUGUGUCUCCUCAGAAACACUUAGCAGCUCUGUCUGCUGUCAGCCGGACACAGUUCCAGAAGAUGGAGCCCCUGUAAACCACAGACGGUGUUUGGCGUCUCUGUCUGUCACCGUAUCUAACUUGCUCUUGAUUUCAACCAUUGCUCAACUGUGUCGGUUGGGUUGAGCUCGCUGCCUCUGUACAGCCUGAGCCCGGACACACACACACACACACACACACACACACACACACACAGCAGCCCGGCUUUUAUUUACUGUUUUAGCUGAGCUGGGCAGAGAUGACGAGCGGGUCGGUGACAGUCUUCUCUUUAAAACAAGAGUGAUAGUCACGGAUGACUGAUCCAUUUUGUUCGGCUCCCGGUGCUGAGGAUCCGUUGAGUCAAGCUAGCUACAAGCACACUGACCAGCCCACCUAGACUCAUAGGUUGAACGCCACUGGCUGUGGCCUCGUCUCACCUUUUCCAGACUCUGUUAAUAUGACUGCAAUGCGCGUGGAUGCCAAAGUAGUGAUGCUAGGAAAGGAGAGCGUGGGGAAGACCAGCUUGGUGGAGAGAUAUGUUCAUCAUCGCUUCUUGGUCGGCCCCUAUCAGAACACUAUUGGUGCAGCUUUUGUUGCCAAACCGAUCCAGGUGGGAGAGAAAGUGGUUACCCUGGGAAUAUGGGACACAGCUGGAUCAGAACGCUACGAAGCUAUGAGCAGAAUCUACUACAGAGGAGCCCGAGCGGCCCUAGUCUGCUAUGAUCUGACUGACAGCAGCAGCUUCCAGCGAGUUCGGUUCUGGGUGAAAGAGCUGCAAAACUGUGAGGAGCACUGUAAAAUCUACUUGUGUGGCACUAAGAGUGAUCUGAUUGAAGGAGACCGGAGCUUGCGCCAAAUAGACUACCACGAUGCUCAGGACUUUGCUGAAGAGAUCGGUGCACAACACUUUGAGACCUCCAGUAAAACAGGAAAUAAUGUGGAUGAGUUAUUCCAGAGGGUUGCUGAGGAUUACAACAGUUCGGCCUUCCAGUACAUGACAGCAGAAGAAACUGGCGUGGACUUGGGCCAAAAGAAAGACUCAUAUUUCUACACCUGUUGUCACAACAACUGAUGUGGAGCAACAUGAAGGAAACAGAAGUGGCCACCGUCUCUCAGCUGGAGUCAAACCUGGCUGGGUGUCGGAUAUCUCCGCUUUGGAUCUGGAAUCCAAAUCACAGAAGAAAAAGAGGUCAAACAGUGCUGUUCUUUGUUAGAUAUGUUUAUUUCUUUUGUGCCAUAAGGACAAAAGGCUGCAAGACUAUGGAGCAGGAUUUGCUACAGCUGCGACUGUUUCUGGGUGGGGAGGGAUUUUAAAAACCAACACUUCCACGUUUCACUCAGUUAUGUCCUGUGUUAUAUCCCCACAUCAGCUGGUCACUGUAGCUCUGAGCUGGACCGCACCAUAGAAGUGAACAUGAAGUUUAAGUGACCUGCAGUGGCGAGGAAGUUAAAACAGUGCUACAGGGUGGUGAAUGGUUUGUUUACAGCAGUUCAUUUUUGUUUACAUCAAACUGUUAUUAAGCUUGUAGUGGAAACCAAUCUGUCAGGCCUGCACAUCUUUAACAAUGCCUACAUGAAUGGAGUGAAGAUGAGGAUAAAUGACUCGAGUCCUACUUCACUGAAAUGAACCUUAACGAAACAUUUGCAAAUCUGGUAUAACUUAUGAAUGAAAGGAUACCAGUGAUCUUUAUCAAGGCCUUUAUAUGCGUAGCAGAAAUGACAGGACGAUGCAUGUGUCCAAAAUGAGCUUUCUAGAGCUUUGGCUCGUUACUGUUUACCACAGCUUUUACCACGUGACAGUCAUGGAUGUAAUAAGAGAGCUGACGCUGAUCAGUCAUGGAGCCUUCCUGUUAAUUUCCCCCCUUUGGCUGCUUGUGACACUGGAAUGAAAAAAACCCCGAGGGUUAUUAAAGAGAUGUCUGUCAAACUGUGGACAGGGCACCCACAUCUGCAAACAAGUUCAGUUCAAACAAAGUCAAACGCUUCGUAUUAAGACUUUUUAAACCACAAACCUUAGAAAUAUUUAAAAAUCUUUAAAGCUGUUUGGUUGAUGCCCUCACAAUGUUACGUCUAUGGGGUCAGGGAGACACACACUGAUACUUGAGCACAGGGCCCAACAACACAGACACAAACCAGGAAGUAAAGUUUUUCUCUAACAUAGUCCGGCUCUUAUAAUACAUCCAUGCUGACUGUAUGUACGACACACACCUAAGUUAUCUUUGGCAGCAUAAGCUAAGCUGACCGGGACAGUUUUCUACAUUCAAACGCUACAUUUUCUAUUUUGUACUUCUGAAUGGAUGGUACACAUUUAGAAAUAUGACGAUUAAAUUCAUUUCUGGUAGUGAAACGUUGCUUCAAAACUCCACCUCUACAGAAAUGAAGAUUAUCAAAGCUCCCUCUGCUGUGAUGAGAAACCACAGAUUUAACCAACACAGGAAGAAGCCUUGUGGCUGAAUGUUGUGAUAUUGUACAAACGGUCGUCUCUCAAUGUUCUCAGAACAGCAUCUACAGCUCUAUUUAAGACUCAAGCUACUAAUUUAUUGCCUUUUUAAAUUUGUGCUGCCAGAUGUUGGAAAAUAAACAGACAUCAUCUCAGUUUCCUCCAUGUUGCUGCUUUGAUGUGUUCAUGUUCUGUGUGUUGAUUUUUUUUUUUUAUGCACAAUAUUUUUUAUCAAAGGUUGUUAAAGAGACUGGUGUAAAAUACAAAUGUUCUGUAAAAUUAAAAGGUUAUUGAAAGAAA